AUGCCUGCAAUUGGCAAUUAUGCCCGACCGAAAAAGGGGCCACUGUCUCUGGAUGUUAAAACAGAAACAGGGCUUCUGAUCGAUACGUUGGAAAUAGUUGAACCGACUAAAAAAUGUUCAUAUGUUCCAAAUCAUAUUUUAGAGACAAAAUUAUUUGCUAAAGUUGGAAAAAAUGAAUUGGUUCAUUCUCGUCCUGCUACUGUACAGUUUGAGGGAUUUACAACAGAAAGCAAACAUAUCCAGAACUUAUCUAUUGUGAAUGCCUCAACUGAAGUUGUAUCAUUACAUAUUAUACCACCACAAACUAAACAUUUCUCUAUCAAAUAUGAUAAAAAUAAGAGAAUGGGACCAGGGUUAACAUUAGAGUGCAGUGUAGAGUUUAUAGGUGAUGAAUAUAGAUAUUAUUAUGAUUGUAUUAGAGUUCAUUGUCAGGGUGAAGAAAAUUUACUAAUUCCAUUACAUGCUUAUCCUGUCUUGGAUCUCAAACAGUUUCCUCAAAAUUUUAUAUUUCCUGCAGUGCCAGUUGGAGAAAGUAUAUGUAGAAAAUUUCCAAUCAAAUGUAACGUUCCUGUAGAUUUUGAAUAUCAGCUAGAACUUAUCAAACAACACCCCUUUCUCUCUAUUGAACCUUUAUCAGGUACCGUUCCUGGUAAUGGUCAAGUAGAUAUAAGUGUUACUUUUUCACCAUGUGAAUUUUUAACAGCUCAACUAACAGUACAGCUGAUAACCUCCCAGUUUAACUCUAAACCAAUUCUCUGUAAUUUUACUGGAUCUUCUGCACCUGGUUUACUGAAGUACGUAAUUCUCCUUUUUUUGAGAAUUUAUUCAAUCUAUGCCCAUCAUCAGAUAUACAACUUUUACCCUUAUAACAUCUUUGAAAUCAUACAGAAUGGUAUUAAAUUCCCAGCUGUUAUUGACACACCACAUGCUGUAGCUCAAGUUUUAAACCAACAACCUGGUAAGCUGAAGGCAAAAGAUGUCAGAGAAAACUUAACCUCUCAAAAAGAUUCUAAAAAAGCAACUAGUCGUCAAAUGAAGGAAGCGUUAUUUGAACAGGCAGUUAGAAAGAAUGUGUAUGAAGAAAGACAGAAUCAACUAAGAUGGCAAGUGAAAUUAGGUGAUGAACAAAUCAAACAGUCAAAACGUGUACAAAUAUUGGAGGAGCGAGACCAGGCCUGGGAUAUUUAUAAAUUUACUAGAAGACAAGAUCCUGUAGAAGACAAGGAAUAUAACAGAUUAAAAACAGAAAUUGAAUAUCGUAGAACAAUGAGACCAUAUAAUCAGGUAAUAAUCACAUUUGAAGAUGCUAAAUUUGAUUUGUAUACCAAUGAUUUGUGGGCAGUACGUCAUGCAGCAUUAGAUAAAUUUAUUCAGGCAGCUAGAAAAAUCAUCAUCAGAAAUCGGGGUGAAGCUAAACUAAAAUCAUUACGAAGGGUUGUCAUUGACUGGAGUAAGAAGAAAUACACCAUGGACAAACUCACUAGUGAACAACAAGAGAAGAUUGAAGAAGAUGAAGAAAAAGAAGAAUUACCAACACAUUUUGAUAUAUCAGCUAAUAAAAUACAACAUUAUACAUUCCCUACUUAUAUACCACCUGAUGUUAAAGAUGAUAUGGCACCUGAUGCCAUUGGAGUGGUACCUUUCAUGCCAACAGAAGUUGUAGUGAAGAAAAAAGUUCAAUAUUUCAGUCUCAAGGUUCCCCAGCAUUAUCAUCUAAAUGGUUAUAAUAUACAUAAUGUACAGAAUGCUUCUACAGGAUAUAUACCUGUCAAACUUAUUAGACCAUUACGAGAAGGGGCUGAGGAGGUUGAAGAGCUAGACGAGGUGGAAUCAGGAGAAGAAAUCCCAGAGAUUGAGGUGAUAGAGGACCAGAAAACGGAAGCUGAAUCAGACAUCAAGUCAUCUGCUGUGUUUCCUCCCAAAGCUUUAUUCAAUCCUGUUGAAUACCCUCAAUUGCAUAUAUUUAAUCCUGCUCCAGGUCUACAAGUUUUUCAUGCACCAUCUAAGUAUUCUGAAGUAUCUGCAGAAUACCAUCUGUGUCCUCUACCAAAAUAUGCUACUAAAGAACCUUCAAAUAGUCAUCAUACCUCAACACAGAGAAAAUAUCUGGAUAGAGAGGAUAUUAUAAGAGGAACACAGACAUGGAAGAAAUUCCCAUCCCAAGGAUUGAUUACUCUGUCUAAUACACCUACAUUAUCUAAUGUUUGGGUUCCCAGAUGGUUAGUAGUCUUGUAUUAUAGUAUUACUGUUAUUACUUGUUAA